AUGCCGUGGUCUUUCGCCCUCCCGCAGCCUAUCUUUGCGUCGCCGUUUUUGGCGGUCGCCACGCCCAUCGCGACAGGGAAUGUGGUGGCCCUCCUUGUCAACCGGAAUAAAACCCAGGCCACCUAUCGCUCGCUCCGCCAACCGCCAUUCCGUCCACCAGGAUGGCUCUUCCCGCCCAUGUGGACCUUGCUGUAUGGAUUGAUGGGUUAUGCCUCGCACCAUGCCACUGUGACCGCGUCCCAGUCCUUAACGCUGGCCGUGCGGGACGCCAACCACAGCGCGCAGACUCUCUACACCUCGCAGCUGGUGCUCAAUUUCAUGUGGAUGCCCCUCUUUUUCGGAUUCGGCCGGCCGGCCACAGCGCUGGGGGAUUUGGCUCUGCUGGCGGGCACUGUCGGCAUGCUCAUGGCAAAUUGGUGGAAGGCCGACCGGACUGCGUUCUGGUUGAUGGUUCCCUAUUCGGCCUGGCUGGCAUAUGCCACGUAUCUCAACACUGGAGUGGGGAUCCUGAACAACUGGGCUCUCCCUGAGAAGAAAUCCGAGUAG